AUGGAUGCGAAUGGAGGUGAGGCGAUAGGGGAGUGCGGGGGUGGUGUAAGUGACGUGAACGAGGAGAUGAAUGCGGAAGAGGUUGGUGGUGAUGAGGUUCAGGAGGAACAUUUGCCUGAAGGAGAACCAGGGUUUGACUUGGGCGCGGAUGAUAUUUUGAACCAAGUUUGGAACAGUGUGGAAGAUGCAUAUGAGUUUUAUCGAAGGUAUGGAAGAGUCAACGGAUUUGGGGUACGGAAAGGGGACUCAGAUAAAGAUAGCCACGGUAAUGUUGUGAGAUAUCGAUUUUUUUGUAACAAGGAAGGAUUGAGGGAAAUCAAGCACUAUAACAGGAUUGAUAGGCAGCGGGGACACAAAGCAGAAACACGGACUGGAUGCAAAGCAAUGCUGUCAAUAUACUUGGAGAAGAGUGAGCAGAAGUGGAAGGUUAGGAAGGUAGUACUGGAUCACAACCAUGACCUAGCACCUGUUGGGAUGUCCUACCUGAUUCGCAGUCAUCACAAAAUGACGGACGCGGCAAAGGCUCACAUUGACGGGAUGCAUGCGUAUGGAAUUGGGACGUCGAAAAUCUUGGGUCACAUGGAUGGUAUGUCAGGUGGAUACUCUUUGUUAGGAUUUUUGAAAAAGGAUGCGUACAACUACGCGGACAAGAUGAGGCGGUCACGAAUAGCUGAUGGUGAUGCGAAUGCAACGUUGGUUUACCUUGAGGGAAAGGCUGCUGUUGACCCUAUGUAUGUUGCACGCUACAACCUCACAAAAGAUGAAAGGCUUGGUAACAUGGUUUGGGCUGAUGGGAAUAGCCGGUCUGAUUUUCAGUGUUUUGGAGAUGUCUUAGCGUUUGACUCCACUUAUAGAAAAAAUAGAUACAAACGUCCAGUAGUGAUUUUUUCAGGCUCAAACAACCAUAAGCAAACUACUAUUUUUGGUUUUGGGUUGUUGAUUGAUGAAACAGUCUCGUCGUAUACGUGGAUGUUACAGAAUUUGCUAGAGGUUAUGUGCCAAAAGAAACCUUGUGUAGUUGUUACUGACGGGGACAAAGCAAUGAUAAAAGCUGUGAAGUCGGUUUUACCUGAGGCAACCCAUCGUUUGUGUGCGUGGCAUGUGGAAAAAAACGUGACAUCAAAUGUAAAAGACGAACGCCUCCGCAGUUUGUUCAAGCGUUGGUUGUACAUGGACAUGGAGGUUAAUGAAUUCGAAGAGGAUUGGGCUGCAGCAAUUGAAGAGUUUGGGCUGCAAGACAGUAGUUGGGCAAGGCACAUGCAUGAGAAGCGAAAGCUAUGGGCAAACGCGUAUUUGCGUGACAAGUUUUGCGCCGGAUUCCGGACUACGUCGCGAUGUGAGGGAAUAAAUGCUGUGGUUAACAAAUUUUCGAAGUCAAGCCAUACUAUCCUCGAGUUAGUGCAAAAUCUAGAGCUAGUCGUCCGUGAAUAUCGGAACAAAGAGAUGUUGCUACAGUUUAACUCCAUUUACACCACUCCGGUUAUGACCACAUGUUUGAGGUCAAUAGAGAUAGCUGCUGCUAGUGUUUAUACUCGAGAGUUUUUCGCAGAUGUUAGGAAAGAGAUUGAAGGAGCUGGAGCAGUUAAUCUACUUACGAAAAAACGGUGCUUGAAUACAACCGUUUAUUAUCUAGAGGAAUAUGAGAAACCUGAUGUUCAGGUAAUGGCCGCCUUCGGGAGAGGUACUGGAAAACUCAACUGUCAAUGCUUCUUUUGGGAAAAGAACGGGUACCCGUGCAGGCAUAUGUUCUUUGUGAUGAAAGCAGAGCACCUGCGGGAAAUACCUGAAAGAUUGGUCCUGUGA